CCGGCGAGCUGCAGCCUGUGCAGUCCCGUCCGUGGCUGCGUCCGCAAGCAUGGCCGGCCUAGGGCGGCCUGGCCCGGGGUCGCGCACCGCGAUGCCCGCCUGGAAGCGGGAGAUCCUUGAGCGGAGGCGAGCUAAACUGGCCGCCCUGAGCGGAGGCCCGGGACCCGGAGCGGCGCCGGAGGGACAGAACGAGAAGCUGGUUCUGGCGGAGAGUCUGGGUCCGCUGAGCGAGAACCCCUUCAUGCGACUUGAAUCGGAGCGGCGGCGAGGGGCACGGCCCGCGCAGCAGCUGCUGGAGCUGUACCGUCGCGUGCCGGGCGUGCGUACCAUCCGAGCCGACAACAUCCUCAUCAUCGAGUCAACUCCUGGCUUCCCGCCCGCCGUGCCGCCCGCUGCGGGCAUCCGCGCUGCCGAGGUAGUGGUGUACGAGGCGCCUCAGGAGGCGCCUCAACCGGGCCGUGUCAGCCGACUGCUGGAGAAGUUCGACUCGUCGGCCGCCCCCCGCAGCCGCGGGAGCCCGGAGCGCUCCAGCUCUGGGCUUCCGCAGCUUCCCGUGGCGCCUCCAUCUACUGCCACGCGCGCUCCCACCAAUCGGUCGUUGGCUUCUGCCCCGUCGGUGCGUCUCAGCCAGCCCGCACUCCCUGUUUCGCCUGUUCCCGUUGCCCCGCGCGCGGGUCAGCGCUCCGCCUGUUGCGAGCCCGCGCACCCGGAUGGUACCGCGGGCUCUGGGACCCGGCGCUGCGACUUCCUACAGAAGACCGGCAGCAACUCCUUCACUGUCCACCCCCGGGGCCUGCCCCGCGGUGCGGUCAAUCACUCGCUUUCUAAUGGACCCGUGACCCAGAAGUUCCCGGCCGGCCCUGUCAAUGGGUUGUCGGGCUCUCCUCCUGUUCCGGGCAAGUGGAAGCCAAAGGUGGAGUCAGGGGAACCCUCCCUCCACUCACCCCCAAGCCCUGGGACCCCAAGUGCCACUCCGGUUGGGCCCCCUGCCUUGCCGGCGCCCAGCCCAGCCAGUGCCACUCCCAACCAGCGCCGGUGGGUCUCCUCUGCCACCAGCGCCAAUGACUCCUUCGAAAUAAGGCCAGCCCCCAAGCCAGAUGUGGAAACUAUCCCAAUUGGGGACCUUCAGGCCAGGGCCCUGGCCAACCUCCGUGUUAACUCCCGCAACUCCUUCGUGUUAAUCCCCAAGCGCAAGGCCCUUGGUAACCAUCCUAAAGAGGGGAAGCAGUCAGAGGAGCCAAACCGGGAGGUAGGCUGGACCUCUCAGAGCCAGGGGCUCAGAGCCCAGUCGGUGUCUACAGUGGAUGGUGCACCUGUCCUAGAGAGGAAUACCCUGACUGCUGAGAUGCAGUGGGCAGCUAGGGAGGAGGGCUGUCCCCGGACAGCCACCGCUGUCACAGACAGGUCUGUUAGGUGGCAGCAGUCAUCCUCACCGUCUCCAUUCCUACCAACCACUGUUGAAGCAGAGCCGACUGAGGGCUUGGUUCCUGGCUUGGCCAAGAACCGUCAGGAGCCUGGGCGGCCAGGACUUCCAGUCACCUUCAUUGAUGAAGUAGACUCAGAAGAGGAGCCCUCCCAAGAAGCCCAACUGCCCUCCUCAGCAGUUGAUGGGCCCCCCCAGUACCACCUGCACCUUGCCAGGCCUGGGCACACCGCAGAGCUUCCAAACAGAGGCAGCAACACUUUCAUAGUGGUGCCCAAGAGGAAGCCAGAGACGCUUCAGGAGCCACACUUCAGUCCGGCCAAUGGGCAGUCCCAGCAGCAGGAGGCUGAGGAACAGGACACUGACAGCCUCUCAGGACCCCACCCUGCCCUGAAGAACACCCUUAAGAAACGCUACCCCACUGUACAUGAGAUUGAAGUGAUCGGUGGUUACCUGGCCCUGCAGAAGUCUUGCCUCAUCAAGGCUGGCUCUUCCAGAAAAAAGAUGAAGAUCUCCUUCAAUGACAAGAGCCUGCACACAACAUUUGAAUACCCUUCUGAGAGCUCCCUGGCCCAAGAAGAAGCGGAGGAGGAGGAGGAGGAGGAAGAAGAAGAUGGUGAGGUGGAGGAAGUAGGGCUUGACUCAGAGAAGUCCUUUUCCCUCUUCCUGCCCCGGGCCACAUUUGUAAGCAGUGUGGGACCUGAGAGCCCCCGACUACCAGAUGGCAGCUCAGGCCUGUCCAGCUACACUCCCAAGCAUUCCAUGGCCUUCAGCAAGUGGCAGGAGCAGACACUGAUGCAGGCUCCAAGUGAGGUGGAACUCCCACCGAAGGAGGUCAUGCUCACACCUGCCAGUCAGAAUGAUCUCUCGGACUUCCGCAGCGAGCCAGCACUCUAUUUCUGACCCCGGAGCUGCCAGGAUGGCUAAGACUUAGCCCCAGGUGUGGUGGUUCUGGAAGCCAGUCAAUGCCCAGGAGCCCUGACCUUAUUCUGUACCCUUCCAUCUGGCUCUUUGGACCUUCCUCUCUCCCUGUCACCUUCUACCUUUAGGUUCAGGUCUGAAUCUCACUCCCCUUUGGGGGUGCCAAGGAAGAACAGGUGGGAAUUGCCUAUGGGACAGGCUGACAUCUGUCCAUAACAUCCCAUCUGUGAUGAGGUAGGGAGCCUGAACAGACCUUGCACCAGAGUGCUGUCUGUCCUGCCUCUUGGCUCCUACCUUCUGGGGAGGGGCCACUGUCAGGAGUGAGAGGCUGUCCCAGCUAUUUGCUCUUUGUUGAAUGAACCCCAAGCUCCUGUCCUCAGCCCCUGAUUCUACUAUGGUUGCACCCUUCAUGACAGAUAGGGUAUUUUUUUUUCCUUUCUGAUAUUGGACUCAAUAAACAACACUGUAACAAG